CCUUGAAUGGAGACCAUGAUGUGGGACCAGAAGCUUAAUGAGUCUGUAGAGAAUUCAACACACGUGUUUUCAGGUCUCGACCUUCUCUUUGAUCUUAAGCCUCUGUUUAUUCCAAUAUACGCCUUGUUGGUGACUGUGGCAUGUCUAGGGAACUGUGCUCUAAUCUUAUUAAUUGUUUUCACUAAGAAGCUUCACAACACCACCAAUUUCCUCAUUGGCAAUCUAGCAGCAGCAGACUUGGUUAUGUGCCUUUUCUGUGUCCCUCUUACGGCCUCUUAUGCCUUUGAGAUCCGUGGCUGGCUAUUUGGGGAAUUCAUGUGUCACUUUGUCACUCUAAUGCAGGCUGCCACAGUCUGUGUUUCUGUCCUCUCUCUGACUGCCAUUGCCGUGGACAGAUAUGUUGUUGUGGUUUACCCAAUUAGAAGAAGAAUAGGAUGCAGGUCAUGUUUGUAUAUCGUUUCUCUCAUCUGGCUCAUCUCCGUAGGAAUUUCCAUGCCAACCUUCUUUCAUACCCACUAUUUGGAUCUCAAAUCUGCUGGACAUGAUAUGAUCAUUUGUGAGGAGUUCUGGAGGAAUCAGGAGAAGCAGCGCCUACUCUACUCUUGCUCAUUGCUUUUCUUGUAUUACAUGCUCCCUCUCUCUGCAAUCACCAUCUCCUAUUGUGCCAUUGCUUACCACCUAAGAAAGAGGAAUGUGCCUGGUGCCACAUCCCACAACCAAGCUAAAUGGUCCAAAAAGAAACAGAAGACAUUCCGUAUGCUCAGCAUCUCCGUCAUGGCCUUUGCAAUCUGUUGGCUGCCUCUUCAAAUACUCAACCUCAUCCGAGAUAUUGACGAAGAGUUUACAAUUCUAGAUAAGAAUUACAUUAAUGUCAUCCAGGUGACCUGCCACCUCAUUGCUAUGAGCUCCGCAUGCUACAACCCAUUUAUCUAUGCCUCGCUCCACGACAAAUUCCGUUUCCACCUCAGGAACUACUUCUUUCAUCACAAGAGAAGAGCUAACACCAUGUCCACCAAGAAUUCAAGACACAACACUUGCUCAACGUUGGCUGACAUUCCAGUGGUUCUUUCUGAGAAGAUUGCUUUGCAUGGGCGACUGUAAUUGAUUAUAGAAAUAAUAUAGAAUAUAGAAAUGGAGUUGUGCUGUGGCACACCGGCAACACAUUUAACAGAAAAGUACUUGUUUCUUAAAGGUGUUGAAACUGAUGGUUAUAAUAGUAGGGUCGCAAAGGACAUUCUGCAUACCCAUAGCUCUGCCUGACAAUUUAUGACCUACUAUUCAGAGAGAUAGAAUGGGCAAAACAAUCUGUAAAACAGGAACAGCAAAUGGUGUUAAGAGAUGUCAAGAGAACUCGGAAAUGAGUAUGCAAAUUUAAUGAGGCAACAUUCGUUUCAUGAGUAAAGCUUGUGCCAUUCAUACUUUUUGCCUAUGGUUGUAAUUUGCUAUUGUUGUUGUUUGUUAUUUCUACUUCUAUGUUCUACUUUGGGUUCUUACAAGCGCAAUCAAAACAAAAUGCCAGAAGAUGCUGUAUAAAUAGACAGCUCAUUAUGCAGAGGCUUCUGACUGGCAAUUUGUUUUGUGCUCAGAAAAACAGAAGGUAGAAUGUGACUUCUGAUAAAUAACAAAAUCCAUAGUUAUUUCAUCAUUAAAACCAUAGGAAAAGUAUGUUCAGCACAAGCCCUAUUCAUUGAACUUGUGUUGAAAAGGUGGGACUGCUGCCCCUUUAACUCAGGUAUUUGGGUAACAGGGAAUUUCCAUGGUCAAAGCAAAGUUGUGAAUAACUUCUAUUUUCUAUGCUAUGUGUUUUAUGCUGAAUAAGUAGUUAACAUUUUGUGCUGAGCCAGUGAAGUCUUUUGUGCAGCACAAUAUCAAGUAGGAUUUUCAUUGUAUCAUAGUGUAUUGAUCAUUUUAGUGCUGUAGUAAAGGUGAAUGUACUAUGUACUACGUUUGAUGCGAUUUACAUUAUUGUUGGUGGGAAAGCUUUUACAGGAGAUUAGUGGCCCGCAAAAGCAGAUUGGCAAUUAAUCUUAGGGAGGCACCAAAUCCAGGAUUUGGUUCAGG